AUGGGGAGCAGCCAGGACACUAAGCUGCAGAAGAAUGCUGCUGCCGGGGCUGCCGGGGGCAGCAGGCUGACCCCUCUCUCACCCCCCAGCCCCCGCCUGAAAGGUUUGGGGGCAGAGACGACAGCCCUCGAGGCAGUUGUGCCUUGGGUCUGCACCUCCCAGGCACUGCCCUCUGGGCUCCCCAGCCCCCGCCUCACAUCUUCUGGGGCAGAUGCUCAGAAGGAGGCCACCUGGGCGCUCUGGCUGCUGAACGAGAGUGACAAGCGUCCCUUCAUCGAGGAGGCCGAGCGGCUCCGUAUGCAGCAUAAGAAGGACCACCCGGACUACAAGUACCAGCCCCGGCGGCGGAAGAACGGGAAGGCGGCCCAGGGGGAGGCGGAGUGCCCCGGCGGGGAGGCUGAGCAAGGCGGGGCCGCCGCCAUCCAGGCCCACUACAAGAGCGCCCACCUGGACCACCGGCACCCGGGAGAGGGCUCCCCGAUGUCGGACGGGAACCCUGAGCACCCCUCAGGCCAGAGCCAUGGCCCACCCACCCCUCCAACUACCCCAAAGACAGAGCUGCAGUCGGGCAAGGCAGACCCCAAGCGGGAUGGGCGCUCCAUGGGGGAGGGCGGGAAGCCUCACAUCGACUUCGGCAACGUGGACAUCGGUGAGAUCAGCCACGAGGUAAUGUCCAACAUGGAAACCUUUGAUGUGGCUGAGUUGGACCAGUACCUGCCACCCAACGGGCACCCAGGCCAUGUGGGUAGCUACUCGGCAGCUGGCUACGGGCUGGGCAGCGCCCUGGCCGUGGCCAGUGGACACUCCGCCUGGAUCUCCAAGCCGCCAGGCGUGGCUCUGCCCACGGUCUCACCACCUGGUGUGGAUGCCAAAGCCCAGGUGAAGACAGAGACCGCGGGGCCCCAAGGGCCCCCACACUACACCGACCAGCCGUCCACCUCGCAGAUUGCCUACACCUCCCUCAGUCUGCCCCAUUACGGCUCCGCUUUUCCCUCUAUCUCCCGCCCCCAGUUCGACUACUCUGACCAUCAGCCCUCAGGACCCUAUUAUGGCCAUUCGGGCCAGGCCUCUGGCCUCUACUCAGCCUUCUCCUAUAUGGGACCCUCACAGCGGCCCCUCUACACGGCCAUCUCUGACCCCAGCCCCUCAGGGCCCCAGUCCCACAGCCCCACACACUGGGAGCAGCCAGUAUAUACGACGCUGUCCCGUCCUUAAAGGUUAAAGGGGGCCCCACACCACCACCCCCUGCCCAGCCCGUCCUGGGUCCCGAGCCCCUUUCCCCAGCCCGUGCGUCCUGUUCCUCACCCAUCUCAGGCCUGGUGGGGGCAGAGGAGGAGGCUGCAGAGGCUGACAGCCGAGGGGAAGCUUUCUGUCGGUUCACUGCCCUGAUGACCCACCGCCCUAUCCAGGCUCCAGCUGGCAAAGCCCUGGGCUAACAGGCUGGGCAAAGGACGAGGAGGUUGACUGCUGCCCCUAGACUGAAAGAUGAGGGGCUGCGCCUUCCCCCCGGGAAUGACUCUCUAUCCCAGGACCUGAGUGGGACCCACUCACCCUCCUCAGGGAGGGGGGAAGCAUCCAGGGUUGGAUGGUCAUCGGAGGCCUUGUCACUCCUAUGCACUCCAGUUCUCUCUCUCACAGAGUGAGGGGUCUGACGUGCCCCCGUGCCACCUGUGCCACAGUGCCUAAGGGUUAGGUCCCCCAGAGACCUCCAUCAGUGCCUGCAGCUGGCUAUUAUGUCUGCCACUCGGGGGCUGAGGACAGCUUUGAACAGCCUCAUGGGGAGGGGGCCUUCCGUGGGAGUCCUCAUCCCUUAAUGCCCCCUCCCCUCAUGGACGCAGGAAGGAAAUGGCACAGAGGCCCCCAGACCCAAUUCUGUGCCAAGAAUCUCAUUCUUUGUCUAAUUGAGAAAGAGAGCCCCAGUCCCCUUCUACUACACCGUCCCAGACCUCGAGGCACAUCCCGGGAUGUGAGGCGAGGCGGCAGGGGCUCCACGAAAGGAUUCAGAGACAAUUCACGGAGCCUGCCGCCCCGGGCUCCUCCCCAGCUCCCCUACCCUCACUAGCCUCUGUGGCCCCUGCUCUGUCAGCCCCACCUCCCUGGGCUUCCCAGAGUUGCAGCUGCUCAGGCCCAAAGCCUGAGCUCCAGGAGGAGUCAAGGGCCCAGCAACCCAGGUUGCUGGCAGCAGGCCGAAGACACUAAAAUCCUGACCUGCACACUCUGCCCUUGCCUUUUGCCCUUUGCCUCCCAGUGAUAUCUGAAUAAAGUACGUAGCUAUAUCCGCCCCUAUUUUCCUGCUCUGCAGCCCCCACAACCCACAUAUAACUCAUUACUGUCCCCCUCUUAUUUAUCUCAGUAGUCCCCUCUCCCCUCUCCUCGCCCCUAUUAACUUUGCAUUAAGCAUUCCACUUAAUAAAAUUAAAGGUUCCGGUUACCCACUUGGUGGGCCUGACCUAGCCUGUCUCUUGAUCUCCUAUCCCUGUCUUGGGCUUCCUCAAAUGCUCUCUGGAAAUAGCUAGAAGCAGAAUGUAAGGAAAGAGAAUCCAAAGGUUUCUUUCUCUCCUCCUCCCCACUAAGGAAGUGAGGACAAUGGAGUGGGUUAGGUCAGCUGCCAUCCCAGUGGGGUCAGUCUGUGCUCAGGGACGAAAGCAUCAGAUGGGAGCCUUUCCCCGAGCCCUGCUGUGCCCCCACUGCAGGGGGCCACUCCCUCUUAACUGGCUCAGCUGGGAAUCACUGCCUUCCAAGCAGCCCCUCUGCUCACCCAGCAGAGAGGAAUUUGCAAAGAACUCAAGGGACAGGUAUUUGAAAGGGAGGAGGGGGUCGUGGGUGACCCCUUGUCUGCAGGCAGAGGCCUGGUCCUUUAGGAUGUGUGGAGGGGACUUCUAUGGCUGCCCCCUCCACAUGUCACCUCCCCAGCAUACACACACACACACACCGGCCCACGCUGGGAGCUAGCUGAGACUUCACAGCACUGCUAUGUCCCAGUCCAAACCAAGGAUGUCAGACAUGCCAUCUAAUCCUUAAGUGCUUACUCCAUAAGAGCUCUCUCCUCAGCAGAAUUCCAGCCUGUGCUCAGGGGCCGGGAAGCACUCCACCUCACAAGCACACAAUUGCAGGGAGACUAGGAAAAUCUCUUCACCAUCCUGCUCCAUUGAUGGACCACUGCAAUGGUUGGAAAUUCUUCUUUAUGCCCAUCUCAUAAUAACAGUAAGAGCUAGAAUUUGCUGAGUGCUUCCUGGUCAAGUGCCUUGCCAAGUGUUUUAUGUCAGUCAGGCCUAUGAGGGAGUGGAUCUGAUCAUUAUCCCCAUUUUCCAGAUGGGGAAGCCAAAGCUUUGAGAGGCUGAUGCCAGAAUCUUAACCCAGCUGACGCUGAAGCUUGCGCUCUUAACCACCACCCCCUCCACCUGCCCAUGGUUUGCAGGCCCUACUUUUGCUUUAAGUCUGGAGUGAUGCUUCUUCCACCCAGCAUCUGCUGUUUCCUUCCUUCCAGCCCCUUACCUCCUAGUCAGGACCUGUCGGGGAAGGGUGGCAACCAAGAACUAGCCCAGUCCCCUCAAUGUGAUCAAACUCCCUCCAUCUGGAAGCCGCAUCAUGCAAGCUCUUCAGGCAAACCUCCCCAAAACCGCUGGCUCUCAUGAAGCUUGGUGGUAACUAACACACCUGAUCUUUUAGACAGUAUCUGUUGCAAAGUCAGACUAUCCAAAUUGUAGAUAAGCUGUUUGGGGUGGGGUUUGUUUUUGUUUUGUUCUGUAGAUAAAUGCAAGAUUUUAUACUGAUCUUUAACAGAUUUCAUCUUGUUGGAUUUGACCCAUUUCCCCACCUAUAUUAAAUUUUUUGGAUCUUAGCUCUCCUUCAGAGCUUUAUGUAUUUUGUAAACUUGAAUAUCCUCAUUCAAGUACUAAUAAAGAUCAGGGCCCUGCAUACACCACUAAA